AUGCCCAACUCAUCCAGGAGACCAGAACCCCGGAUUAUCACCUACAGUCGGCCGCCUCGUGCCAGCACCGAGUCCUGCGACUCAUACGAGACAUAUCACUCGGAAAGCACCGCGCCAACAUCCAUAUACGCCAGCACCCAGGCCUCAGUCAAAGAAGCUGGCCCUGUUGCCAAAUUUCAGCCAGUCUACGAAGAAGACAUCUCGCCCUCAACCAGGUGCUGUCCUGGGGCCUCUGUCGACACUUUUGACUCGAGUCUCGCCUCCGAAAACGACUGUUGCCGGGAGAUCGACCUGGAGAGCUACAAUGACAAAGAAAGCCUCUCCUUGCCCGUCUACCAUCAACGGCAUCUGGUCGAUUCCGGUAUUCCACCGUCCAACGCCCAGGACUUCGCCAAACUCUUCCCUUCCAUGGAAAGGCUUUCCAUAAGGCAUGAUGAUUCCACGCCAGACGGCAAUCUCAACCUGCGGGUCGAUACCGUCGUACCCGGUCGUCGCCGCCUCGCCAUUCAGCUCUUCCAUCUACGCAUGCACGACCUAGCUAGGAGAGACUUCUCUUUGAGGCGAUACUGCCGCGACUCGGGUCGUGAGAUCUGCAGCUGCAAGCGGCAGUACGAUCUUCCGUCUCAUGAAGAGCGUCAUGGCAUGCAGCAAUCCAUGACCAAUGCCUUUAAGGCUCUUGGCGGUCACCGAACGCUUUCGCAUGCCAGUUCCGGCAUCGCCUCUGCAGCCGGCAAUGUGAGGCCACAGUCUGGUACCAUGUCGCAUGACGAGAGCCCAGUCCUUCACUCUUCCAAUCACUCCCUGUUCUCCCAACACCAACCACAAAACGAACCCGUACCCACCAACACCAUGAAGCUCGAAUUCUCCAACUAUGCCCGCGUCAACAUAUCUAGACGAGGUCAUAGCGGUUCCAAGCGCUACGAAUUCGAGUGGUGGGGACACAGCUAUCAGUGGCGCCGCGUGCUCGACAGGAAUCUCGGCGUCGUCUCCUUCCACCUCAUUCAGGAUGGCGUCUCGAACCGGCCUGUCGCUCACAUUGUCCCCGAAACCCGUUCGCCAAACCAGGUUGAAAGCGACGAGCGCGCCGGCGACUGGGUACCUCCGUCUCACAUGUGGAUCAGCGAUCAAAGUAUCAUUGACGCCGCGACCAACGUCGCCGAUGUCGUCGUGGCCACAGGUCUCAUUGCUCUUGUCGAUGACUGCAUCAAGCAGCGCUGGCAGCCGGGGAAGCAUCAGCACCGCUUCAACCUGGGAGCGGCUUCCACUGCCGAUCAUGGCCCAAAAGCAUUUGUUCAGUCUCUCUUCCAUCGCCGCUCAUCUGAGCCGCACGCCCAACCGAAGCGCCACAGGAGAACUGUGUCUAUCUACUGA